AUGAAGCAAUUGGAGCCGAAGUCCGGGAUAAGUAGUAGUAGAGAAAAUGUGGAAAUCCAUAGUCAAAAUCAGAAUCAGUUCUUGAGAUUUGUGAGAGAUCAGUGCAAAACUGGAACCAUAAGGAAUCUUGAUCAUGCCUUAGAAUUGUUUGAUAGAAUGCUUCACAUAUGCCCUUUGCCUUUGGUUAGGGAUUUUACACAAUUGUUGGAUUUCGGGUUCUCUGUCUUAGCAAGAAUUUUGAAACUUGGUUACCAACCAAACCAUAUAACUCUGACCACUCUUGUAAAAGGGCUCUGUCUUCAAGGUAACAUUUCUGGAGCUGUUAGGUUGGUAGAAGUACUGGAAAAGAAUGGGUAUGAACCUGAUGCAAUUACUUGUGCAACGAUAAUUAAUGGUUUAUGUAAGAUUGGCGAGACUAAUAUGGCUAUUAGGUUGCUUAGGAAGAUGGAAGAAGGGAAUUUCGAACUUUAUGUGGUGCUCUAUAGCAUUAUCAUUGACAGUUUAUGUAAGGAAAGGUUAGUAACUGAGGUUUUGAACAUUUUAUCUGAAAUGGCGAGUAAAGGCAUUCAACCAAACCUUGUCACUUACACAAGCUUAAUUCAAGGCCUAUGCAAUUUCGGCCGUUGGAGGGAGGUUGCUACUUUGUUGAAUGAGAUGACACAAAGGAAGAUCAUGCCAAAUGUGCAAACCUUUAGCAUAUUGAUGGACACACUUUGCAUGGGAGGGAAAUUGAUGGAGGCAAAAGAAGUUCUUGAUGUGAUGAUUCAAAGAGGCAUUUAG